CUCGCUAGAUACGGUUCUCAAGUCCCAUUCGGUAGUAAAAAGGACUGCAACUUUAUUGCAAGAACCAAAUUAACCCAGUCUUCUUCAAGGAUGAGCCAGGAACAGCCAAGGAGGACUCAACUGAAACAGGCCGAGACCGGCGCCCGCGCCCAAGGAGAGCCCAUCAAGUAUGGGGACGUGUUUAACGUCCAGGGGGAGCUGGCUCGCGAGCCGGUUGCUCCCGGGGACGCGGCCAUGAUGCAGUCCGCCGAGAACCAGAUCAUAGGCCAGACACAGAAGGGCGGGCCUGCCUCCGUCAUGCAGUCGGCCGCCGCCAGGAAUGAGAGAGCCGGGCUAGUUGGCCGCCGCGACGUCAGCGACGUUCCGGCUGACCAGGGCGUCACCGUCACCGAGACCGACCUCGCCGGCCAUCGCAUCGUCGCCGAGUCGGUCGGCGGACAGGUGGUGGGGAGGUAUGAGACGGCGGCUCCGGUGAGCACGACAACACCGACUGGGGUGGCGUAUGGCGAUGCAUUUACUAUUGGAGAAGCCCUCGAAGCGACGGCGAUGACGGCGGGGGAAAAGCCGGUGGACCAGAGCGACGCGGCGGCGAUCCAGGCAGCGGAAGCGAGGGCGACAGGACUGAAUGAGGUUCUGCCAGGGGGUGUCGGCGACGAGGCGCAGUCCGCAGCAAACGCCAACACUCGGUUGACGCGUGAGGAGGACAAGAUCAAGCUCAGAGACGUGCUAACUGAUGUGACUACUAAGCUUCCUGAGGACAAGGUGGUGACGCGGGAGGACGCGGAUCGGGUGGCGGGAGCGGAGAUGCGGAAUAGACUGGACGUGUCGACGCACCCGCGUGGCGUGGCGGAGAACGUAGCAUCGGCGGCAAGGCUCAAUCAGAACCCGCAGGUUUAGGCUUCUUAUGAUGGCGUUGGUGUUCGUGGUGAAAAAAAUAGGAGUUGCUUGAUAGUCUUAGUUAUGUGUGCGAGUCAGUUUCAUGUAUAUGUAGAGUUAGAGCGAGUGAAGGUGAUGUUUUGCAGUCUCGCGUUUUGCCUACUAUGGUUAUCGUGUGGAUUUGGUGUAACCGAUCGUCUUAGCCAAUAAAUUUUGCUUAUCCGAAAGCAUAUCUAACUGGAAAAA